AUGUCGCUUCGAACACCCGUAAUGCGAGCGAAUCAGCUCCUACGUCUGCCUGUCAUGCCAUUGCGACCUCGAGGACCAACAGUUGGAAGACGAUUCAAUUCGACCCAGUCCACUAAAAGUAACCCCAAGGUGCCUCCUCCCUCUCCACCUCGAGCGUCUGCGUCACCGUACGCCCUCGCUGUGGUUGGUCUGUCUGGUCUCGGGUUGGCUUACUACUUCUUCGGUACCGAUGGAUCAGCUCGUCAGACCGGUCGAGAACUUGACUCGAAAGCUCGAGGGGCGCUAGCAGCUGUCGAGGGCAAAGUGGGCAUGAGACGUGGACAAGAGGAUUACCAAAAGGUCUACAACAGAAUCGCAGGCAUGUUGGAGGAAGAGAGCUACGAUGAUGGUUCCCUUGCACCGGUCUUCAUUCGAUUGGCUUGGCACGCUUCGGGCACGUACGACAAGGACGACAAGACUGGUGGCUCCAACUACGCAACCAUGCGAUUCGAGCCCGAGUCAAAGCACGGCGCGAACAAUGGUCUGAACAUUGCCAGAGAUCACAUGGAACAGGUCAAAAAGGAGUUCCCUUGGAUCUCAUACGGUGAUCUCUGGACUCUCGGAGGUGUCUGUGCCGUCCAGGAAUCAGGAGGACCUACCGUCCCUUGGAGACCUGGUCGAAUCGAUGGAUUCUCACAUCAUGUCACUCCCGAUGGCCGAUUGCCAGAUGCCAGUAAGGCCGAGGACCACCUCAGGCAGAUCUUUUACCGAAUGGGCUUCAACGAUCAGGAAAUCGUUGCUUUGUCAGGAGCUCAUGCCAUGGGUCGAUGCCACACUGACCGUUCUGGAUUCGAGGGACCUUGGACUUUCUCUCCUGUGACCUUUUCCAAUGAGUACUUCAAACUUCUCCUCGAUGAACCAUGGGUCUGGCGAAAAUGGAAGGGUCCUGCCCAGUACGAAGACAAGAAGACCAAGACUCUGAUGAUGCUUCCCACCGAUAUGGCACUGAUCAAAGACAAAUCUUUCCGAAAGUACGCUGAAAAGUACGCCAAGUCUGAGGACGAGUUCUUCAAAGACUUCUCCGCCGUCUUUGCCAAGCUUUUGGAACUUGGAGUGCCCACUUCUCAAUUCGCUGGCGAGCCUUGGCAAAUGAGGACCCAGUAA